AGGCGGGAGGGGAUUCCCGAGCCAGCCGGGUGCUCGCCCUCCGCCCGCCGGCUGCAGCGUCGCGCGGCCAAGGUCAGAGGCUCCGCAGGAGAAGCAGCUGGGAACCAGAGCAGCGGGUCAACCCUGGCCGAGAGGAGAAAGCCCCAGGGCGCAUUGGGCCCGCGUUAGCAGCCGAGGGAGAGGGAGGCCAGAGACGGUCUCUGGGCCGGCGGGGCCCGCCGAGUAGUCGCAGUGACCGGGCAGGUGGCGGCCCCUCUGUCCGCCCGCGAGGAGCUGGGGCUCCACCUUCGGCUCCUGGGCGCUGUCCGUCGCCUCGUGGUGCUGAACCCAGCCCCACGGCCAAGCGGCCUGCUCACCCGCCUUCUCACCUACAGAUCGCCCCAACUGGGGGCGGGGCAAGGGCAAAAGAGGCCCGUGGGCAGCUGCCCACUGGAGCCGAGGGGCUGAAAGAGGAGAGCUAGCGAGCCGCAGCCCGGCAGCUGGUCCUGAUGUGGAGAGGAGACGCGCGCGGCCGCCGCCGGCGGCGCUAGUGCUGAUUCAUCACCUAGAGCGUCUCGCAGGCCACCGCGAGGGCAGGCGACCGGCCCCGGACUCUGGUAGCAGGUUGAAGCCGCUGGUGCAGGAGCCUCGCGGGAAGGAGGUGAGGAUCCCCUCUCUUCUCUUGCCCCCAAUCGUCUUAGGGCGGCGGCCCCAGGACAGAGAAAGGGGCGUGCCCCCGGGCUGUAAAGUAGUCAUGCUCCUGUGAUGCCCCCGCCUCCCGUCUCACUGGUGCUAACCACACUUGUUCUCCUCUGCCUGUCUCCGGAGCUUGGGCCAUUCCACCCUCCGCCCUGAGCAGCUCGCCCUGCCCGCGCAGCGAUGGAGGAGGAGCUGAAGUGCCCCGUGUGCGGUUCCCUGUUUCGGGAGCCCAUCAUCUUGCCCUGUUCCCACAACGUCUGCCUGCCAUGCGCUCGUACCAUCGCGGUGCAGACCCCGGACGGUGAGCAGCACCUUCCUCAGCCGCUCCUGCACUCCCGGGGCUCGGGGCUGGCCGCAGGCGCCGCCGCCGCGCCCCCUCUGGACCACGAGGCGGCUGCUGGCCCGGCCUGCGGCGGCGGGGCCGGAAGCGCAGCUGGCGGCCUGGGCGGCGGUGCUGGAGGUGGCGGGGACCACGCGGACAAGCUGAGCUUGUACAGUGAGACAGACAGCGGUUAUGGCUCCUACACCCCGAGCCUCAAGUCCCCCAACGGGGUUCGCGUGCUGCCCAUGGUGCCCGCGCCGCCCGGCUCCUCCGCCGCGGCGGCCCGGGGUGCCGCCUGCUCCUCGCUGUCCUCGUCCUCCUCAAGCUCCAUCACGUGCCCGCAGUGCCACCGCAGCGCCUCCCUGGACCACCGCGGCCUGCGCGGCUUCCAGCGUAACCGGCUGCUGGAGGCCAUCGUGCAGCGGUACCAGCAGGGCCGCGGGGCCGUGCAGGGGGCGUCUGCAGCCGCUGCCGUGGCCAUCUGCCAGCUGUGCGACCGCACCCCACCGGAGCCUGCCGCCACGCUCUGCGAGCAGUGCGACGUGCUCUACUGCGCUGCCUGCCAGCUCAAGUGCCAUCCAUCCCGGGGACCCUUUGCUAAGCAUCGCCUGGUGCAGCCGCCGCCGCCACCGGCGCCGGCGGAGGCCGCCUCCGUAUCCCCAGGCGCCGCCCAGGGCGCCCCCAGCGGAGGUGGCGGCUGCAAGAGCCCGGGCGGCACCGGGGCGGGAGCGGCUGCGAGCAGCGCCGCCCGCAAGUACCCUACGUGCCCUGAGCACGAAAUGGAAAACUACAGCAUGUACUGUGUGAGCUGCAGGACCCCGGUGUGCUACCUGUGCCUGGAGGAAGGCCGGCACUGCAAGCACGAGGUGAAGCCGCUGGGGGCCAUGUGGAAACAGCACAAGGCUCAACUGUCUCAGGCCUUAAAUGGCGUUUCCGAUAAGGCAAAAGAAGCCAAGGAGUUUCUAGUUCAGCUGAAGAACAUCCUGCAGCAGAUCCAGGAGAACGGCCUAGAUUAUGAAGCUUGCCUGGUGGCUCAGUGUGACGCGCUGGUUGAUGCUUUAACCCGGCAGAAAGCCAAACUGCUCACCAAGGUUACCAAAGAGAGGGAGCACAAGCUGAAGAUGGUUUGGGACCAGAUCAAUCACUGCACCCUGAAGCUGCGCCAGUCCACGGGGCUGAUGGAGUACUGCUUGGAGGUGAUGAAGGAGAACGACCCGUCCGGGUUCCUGCAGAUCUCCGACGCCCUGAUCAAGCGUGUCCAGGUGUCCCAGGAGCAGUGGGUCAAAGGCGCCCUGGAGCCCAAAGUGUCUGCGGAGUUUGAGCUGACCUUGGACAGCGAGCCACUCCUGCAGGCCAUCCAUCAGCUGGACUUCAUUCAGAUGAAAUGUAGGGUGCCGCCAGUCCCCCUGCUGCAGCUGGAGAAGUGCUGCACGCGGAACAACAGCGUCACACUGGCCUGGAGGACGCCGCCCUUCACCCACAGCCCCGUGGACGGCUACAUCCUGGAGCUGGACGACGGCGACGGGGGGCAGUACCGGGAGGUGUAUGUCGGCAAGGAGACCCUGUGCACCAUCGACGGUCUGCAUUUCAACAGCACCUACAAUGCCAGGGUCAAGGCUUUCAACUCCUCCGGCGUCGGGCCCUAUAGUAAAACGGUUGUCCUGCAGACGUCCGACGUGGCCUGGUUCACGUUUGACCCCAACUCUGGGCACCGGGACAUCAUCUUAUCCAACGACAACCAGACGGCCACCUGCAGCAGCUACGACGACCGGGUGGUGUUGGGCACGGCGGCCUUCUCCAAGGGCGUGCAUUACUGGGAGCUGCACGUGGACCGCUACGACAACCACCCGGACCCCGCCUUCGGGGUGGCCAGGGCCAGCGUGGUCAAGGACAUGAUGCUGGGCAAGGACGACAAGGCCUGGGCCAUGUACGUGGACAACAACCGCAGCUGGUUCAUGCACUGCAACUCCCACACCAACAGGACGGAAGGCGGAGUGUGCAAGGGGGCCACGGUGGGCGUGUUGCUGGAUCUGAACAAGCACACGCUGACCUUCUUCAUCAACGGGCAGCAGCAGGGCCCCACGGCCUUCAGCCACGUGGACGGCGUCUUCAUGCCAGCCCUUAGCCUCAACCGCAACGUGCAGGUCACCCUGCACACCGGGUUAGAGGUGCCAACCAACCUGGGGCGGCCAAAGCUCUCGAGUAACUAGUGCCUCCCAGCUCCUGCUCCGCACGGCCACCCCUCAGUGUGUUCACGUGACCCCCAAGGGCAGCAUGCCCACCUCUCGGGUGCCACCCAGCAGCCACUGAGCAUCUCAGAGACACGUUUCCUUCGGGGGAAGGAGGAUGGUCUGCAGGCCGUGCUCACUGAGGCCGCUGUCGGUAGCAAACACCGGUGUGUGUUUCCCAUCAUCCCACUCAGAUGUUACAAAGAUGAAGAAGGACCUUUUGCAAGGCAGUCAGGAGGCAUUUGGGAUUUCGUUUUGUUUCCUGCCAUCUGCUUUCAAGGCUUACCUUUUUGCAGGGUGCCAAGAGGAGAGCAGACUCUGAAACCAGCAUCCUGAGAGCAGGAGGCAGAGGGACACUUGGGAAGCCCACAUCCUCUGUACUGUGCCCCUGCUGGACGCUGUUCCUUCAGAGAACCAAGGCUACAGAUUCCCAUCUUUGCCAGGAAAAGUUGUCCUUUGGCUUUUUGGUCCUGGAGUCUUCCAUAUGUUUUGCCACUUGCAGACCUAAUUCAGGAUGGAUAGAGAGGGAAAUUAACCAUUUGUCUUGAUCUUUGCCUGUUGGAUUGAACUAUUGAGAACUUUUUAAAAUGGUUUCCUUCUGUCCUUCAUCAAUCAACCAACCUCUCCUUCUCUCUCUCUCUCACACACAAACAUACCCCAUCACACACACCAGUCUGCCACAACUCAUUCACUCAGUUUUUAAACAACACAAAAGAAAACACUGGAAUCUGAAUAACUAUGUGAUGUCUCCACCUGGUAAUGAUUUUCCAGGAGCUGGCUCCCCAGGAAGUUAGCUGCAAACCUGAGCUGCUCCUCUAAGCUGCAUGACUCCCAGCCUCCUGCGCAUAUAAGACAGGAGACCCUGGGGCAGCCUCUUACAUUCAGUCCACCUUCACUUUGAGACCAUCUACUGUCAUCGUGAAAGCAUCAUGAGAGUAAGCAGGGACCCUGAUGGCAGGGGAGGCUCUGGUGUGACAGGGCAGGCAGGACUCUGCAGAAGGCAAGAAACUUAACAAUAACUGUGUUUCUGGUCUCCCAGCUUCCUGAUGCGCUGAGUCCACGUGGCCAGGGCAGAGCUCUGGGGUGAGCCCUCCCCUCCUUGCUGGGAACGCUAACCUUCUCCCUUGAGUCCCACCUUGAGUUGUUUCCACCUCUCAGAAGGAGAGCCGGCUCCGGGUUCUGAGCCCAGAGCCUGCCCUCCCUGCAGAGCCUGUCCCCAGAGCGCCUCUCCCUGCUCCCCUGCCUCUUCUUCCUUGUCACUCGCCACCUCCAUCUCCAUCUGGUAGGAAGCCUUUCUCUCUCCCUUUUAACAAAAAUUAAUUUUAUCAAGCAUUUUAUUUUUGAGGUUGAGGAGUAGCUUGUCUCUUUGCUGGAUUGGAUUCUGAUAAAACUUAGCCCGUAAACCGGCACCAACUGUGCUGACUCGGUUCUGCCUGCUCAUUCAGAAGCUGCACCUGCUUUCUGAGUCAGCUGUGCAGAUCAUGUCCUCUAUUCAGCAGCUCCGACAAUCCUACCUCAAAGUCCAUGCUCCUGGACCCACAGCUGCCUGCCCAGCUGCAUCCACAGGUGUGGCCGGCGAGGCCAGCCGCCCGGCGUCUGCAGGAGCUGCCCGGUGCUGUGUUCGAGCCUCCGCCGCCCAGGUCCUGGCAACCAUUGGCUUCGUGGAGCUGAGGUCUUGCCUCCUUGUUCUCACCCCUCGGUGAUUUCCAGGGCACACAGAGGCGCUCACGUCCUGUCCCAAAGCUCCAGCCAGAACCUGGCAGAUGACGCUCACGACCUGGGCUGCCCGGGCUGCACACCCAGGUCCUCAUCCACGCAGCUGCCUGUAUCUUCUCUACUUCCACUUCCCUUUGGUCUCACUCCUCGGCCACAGCCCUGGUGGACUCGGCUUGGAGGGUGGGAAAGGUUCCUAAAGAUUGAAAGACACACAGGAGCCAUGGCCUUCCUGGGGCUGGGGAAGCCAUGGCCAGCAGGUCCAGAUGCAUCGACUUUAGGAACCGUCUUUUGGAAAAGAUGAGGCCAGCCUUCCGGGAGUGAGAGUAUGGCUGGGAACACGGUGGGGAGGGGCCACCCGGCCGAAGUGGCUCUUAUCCACGGAGUCUGCAUGAAAGGCUGGGGAGCUCCCACGAUCGUCACAACCGGGGUGACCCUGUGGCCCUGGCUCUGCAUCUUUGGAGAAGAGCUGCUCAGGAUCACCCGGGACCUGGGGACAUCCUUGGGAGAGCAGCACCUGGGUCAGAGGGAGAUGGAAAAGGAGAAGGGACGUUCCCAUGAUUCUGGGGCCUCUCUAGGAGGAACACGCCCUGUGGCUCAGAGAGAAGCCGCCAGGACUCCGUCCCCACCUGCAGCUGGCAGCAGCCCAGAGGCACUGUGAGUGCCAGGAACAGGCAAGCAUCUACCUUUCCAGCCUCCUCCAGGGGCCCAAAAGCAAUAUGGCUGAUACCAGGGACCGCACCGGGCUGUCCUGUGUACAGCCACCCCGCCUGUCCUCAGCACAAAACACCUUCCAGGAAGAAGAACGGACCUCAGGGAGAAGGCAGGUCUGUGCUGCACACCUGUGUUCUUGAGGGACCAGCAGACCAAAGACAGGCCUGGUCAACAACCCACGGCCUAUGUCACCCUCCCAGGAAGCCCUAGGAUUCCAAGUAGAAGCGAAAGGCCAUGGGCUUCUCGCCUGCCAUCGAUUUCCCUGCUCCUCUACCAGGCGGUGACAUUUUUGUACAUAAAAAUGACGUCAAAAGGAUGCUUUGGUCAGGCUGGCUGAAGGAUGACUUGGUGUUCAUCUGUCAAGCAGUUUCAGUGAGACAGGAAUUUGAAGUAAUUUAAAAUGUCAAGUUCCAUUACAUUGUAAAUAAUUCUGCAGCUUGUUCUUCACUAGUGAGCAAGUUUGGUCAAAGUGUACAGCUUUCCUUUUAGACUUAAUCUCUUUAAAAGAAUAUCCAGUAGCAUCUCAUUGCAUAGCAUCCUAGCUCCUAAUUCGAAGCAAGAUAAGACCUUACACACAGCCCAGCUUCCCUCUUGUCCUGUUUCGGAAAAUAAUGGUUCCAAUCAAAGCGGGCAUCACUAAUCCUGACCCACAAAGUAGCUGAUCUAAAAACUGUAAAACCGUAGAGAGUUUUAGGCUGAAUCUGCAGCCCGAUGGGUACUCUGCAGUUGCGACAGUGCCCUCCAGCAUCCCAUGGUCCACCGAGACCGUGGAGGGUCGUGCUUGCAGAGUGAGCCUGGGCAGAACGGGUUCCCCGAGAGUGAUGGGAGCGGGGCCCACCCCCCUGCUCCUGGUGCCCGAGGCUGCCCGACCCUUCCUGUGCCCCAGCCCUCAGCGGACCAGAGCACUCUCAGGGAAGGACCAGGAUGCAGGAUUUAUGUGUAGUUCUUCCAGGGGUAUUUGCAUUUAAGCCUUAAUUCUAAUUGCAAGGGAAAGGCUUGGUCCCCUAAGAAGGCAUGUUUCAGAGCAGGUAAGCAGGCAGCUCAGAGAUGCGACAGCUGCUGGUCCCAUGGCCACUUCCCAGCUCGAGGACGUGUGGGUGGGUCAAACCUUCAAGGGGACUUAACAUGCGAAUGCUGAAAAACACUCUCACAAGGCCAUGGACAAUGCCAGGCAUGGUCAGCCUCAGCACUAGGGACACUGGGGUGGGUAAUUCUCUGUGUGGGGGCCUGUCCUGUGCACUGUCAGAUGUUUGGCAGUGUCCUUGGCCUCCACGCAUUAGAUGCCGGUAGUGUCCCCAAGUUAGUCUCGACCACUGAAAGUGUCUGCAGACAUCACCAAGUGUCGCCCAGGGGCCUCCCUGGUUGAGAAUCACUGGGUUACGCCAGCAGCUUGUCACAUGUCAAUAUGCAGAGCGACGUGGGGGACGUCCACUCAGUGUUACCUGCAAAGCCUGCAUCACAAGGGCUGUGGUUCUUCAUCUUAACACCCAAGACCAGGACUUUCCAGGUCUGCGUGUCCCACCAGAUGGGGCUGGUCAGGAAAACGGGGUUGGUGGGGGGAGCCUCUCACAGAAGCCAACCUGUCAGGUCCCGCUUUGUAUUCACGAAGAUGCCUCCAACCCUAGCCCCCAUUCCUAGAGUGGGAAGCUCGGUACCCACGUUUUCCCUGGCCACUUUUGACCGGAAGCUACAGGAACUUCUUAGUGGGUGUGUGGUCUUCAACUGGUUAAAAAGCCAAAUCAGGUAUCGCAGGAAGAUGCUCAAGGUCUAUGCAGAUUCUGGGAAAUCUCGGCUUCUGUUUUGCGAGUGAACCAGGAGCUGUUUUCAUUGGUCACAUUCCUCCGCGGCUCCUCCUUGAUCCAUAGCUUAAAUCUUCAGUGGAUGUAAAACAAGCAAGAGCAGGUUUGGGGCAGGACACCGAGUUCAGCCCUCAGAACCUCCGCUCUUUCCACCCGGCUUUGAUGCUGGUUCAUGGUAUGGGUGGGGCUAAAUCUCUUCCAUCCUUCUGUGCCUCAGCAUCCCCGCCUGAGCGCGGGCCUGGUCCUCCUCACCUACCUCCUCUGCUGUGUCGCGAGGGUUAUAGAAUACACUUCUUCGAGAAAAAAAGUGGAGCCUUUCACCUACUGAGCCCAGGCUAAUGGUUCAUACUCAAAGGAUCCAGCCAGCCUGAGUGGCGACUUUGCUGAGCGUUCUCUGCCGAAGUGUCUCCCAUCUAAAGCCUCUUGUAACCAGAGCACAGCUUCAUUACAGAGCUGCUGGGCCGUGAGGGGGUCAAGUUCACGUUUAAAGCUGGCUGUUUUAACGGCCCCCUUUGUGUGAAGUGCUGCACACAGGAGCCGUGUCUGCAUCCUCAAAGGUGCCUGCAACGCGUGGGAAGAGGGUGACCACCUUCCUGCUGCCUUGGUUACCUAGGUUCUAGUAUCUAAGGGGACCCCCAACCCACAGUGUGUCUCCUUUGUUUCCAAAGAUCUCGGCAGAGGGAGCGGCUUUGGAAAUUCAUGGUAGAAGAUGACAUUUAAUGGAAGUGCGGUCUGGAAGGCCGGUGGUGGUCCUCAGAGGCUGGGACCCGCUUGCACUGUUAAGGGUGGGGGCCUCCUGGCUUUCACAAUGGAUGAUGGUGACUCGAGUCAGAGGAGGACUUGGGAGCUGAGACUACAGGCAAGGCUCUAAGCCCGGGGGCAUCGCUUUCUCCCAAAGGGUGCAGGCUGCCUGACCUGGUCCUGGGGAAAGACCUGGGGGGCUCUUGGGCCAGCGAACCCUCAGGAAGGCUCGGGGGAGAGUCCAAGACAGGCUUCAGGUCUGGAAAAGUGACUGCUUGCGACUGGGAGCAGGAGCGUGGCGGGGGCUUCCCGGGUGAGACUCCAGCCUGGAGAAGGCCUUUCUGACUCUUCACGCCGGGUAACCGGACCUCCCAGGCCCCGGACGUUCUCAGCACCGAGAGGAAGUGCAGGGUGCGCCAAGCAGAAAAUGUGAAAUGCAUGACGGAGCAUCACUGCUUUUGCACUGAACCGUUGUAUGAAGCAUGAGCGAUGUGUGUUUAACGUUGGCAAAGGAAUUUUUAAAAGUCACAGAAAAGCUUUGUGUCUUUGUUUUGGCUGUCCACAGAACCUCCAUCUUCCGGUCUUCCUCGACCCGCCUUCUCCCUUCCCCCCUGCCCCUCCCCCAUCACAUCCACUUUCUGUCACUGGUUGUUGGUAUUUGGCGGGAGCUCUUGGUCCCCUGGAAACACGGAGGAGGGAAGCGAGGGGUGGGGGGUUAUGCAACUUUUUUCUAAUUUUUGUAUUGGUAUCCCAAGCGUUUGUAUUUUUUGAAUUGCAAACACUGUGUUUUCUGGUCUCUGGGGGUUGGUUGAACUUUGUGUAUUGCCUUUUGGAAAACCUGAGUUUUACCACGGUCUUAAGCAGAUUUGAAAUAAAUUCUUUUGACACUGCCAACAAGUGAAAGAUAAGCUGUGG